AUGACCAUCUACACGAGCCCGUAUGAGCCUAUUGCACCCGGCGAGUACCACAAGGGCGGCGUAUUCGACUUCAUCUUCGCACCCGAGCGACUCGACAAGCGGAGGGACCAGGUCGCCAUCAUCGACGCAGUCACGGGCGCAAAGACGACGUACGCAGAACUCGCCUCGGAAUCCCUCCGCUUCGCAGACGGCUUCACCCGCACCGCAGGCUUGAAGCGCGGCGAUACAGUCCUCCUCUUUGCGCCCAACAGCGCCCUCUACCCCGUACUCCUCUUUGCCGGACAGGCAGCCGGACUCGCCGUUUCGACAGCCAACUCGUCCUAUCUCGCCGACGAACUCACGCACGCAAUCCAGCUCGCCGGAGCCAACGUCGUCCUUGCGUCGGCGGAUCUGCUCAAGGUUGCGGAGAAGGCGGCGAAGGAUGCCGGACUUGCCAAUGACGAGAUUUACGUCGUUCCCGCGACCGACGGAUCGCUCCCUUCUUCCCUUCCCUCCGGCAUGAAACCCUACACCGACCUGCGCGGCUCGCCCUCCUUCAAGCCAGUUAUCCCGUCGGAGAAGGAAGCCAAGACGAACCUUGCCUAUUUGCCCUUCUCGUCCGGCACGACCGGCAAGGCGAAAGGUGUCGCCCUCUCGGCUUUCAACAUUACGAGCUGUGUCUUGCAGACACAGAAGACGAAGGGCCUGUUUGACACGCGCGACUGCGUCCUCUCGGUUUUGCCCAUGUACCACAUCUUUGGACUCGUCGUCAUGCUCCACCUCACCUUCUUCCACGGCGGCACCUGCGUCGUCCUGCCAAAAUUCGACCUCCCGAUGGCGCUCGACUCCGUCCAAAAAUACAAGUGCACAACCGCGCUCCUCGUCCCUCCCAUCGCGCUCGCAAUCGCCAAGCACCCGAUCGUCGACAAGUACGACCUCUCGUCGCUUAGGUACAUCCUGUGCGGUGCGGCGCCGUUGUCCGCGGAUUUGCAGGAAGCUGUUUCGAAGCGCUUGAAGGGCAAGACGAAGGUCUUCCAGGGACUCGGCAUGACGGAGACGACCUCGGUUGGAGCGAUCCCCGCGGCAGACAAGGUCGUUCCCGGCUCGGUCGGCCAGCUCCUCUCGACGAUGGAGGCGCGUCUCGUUGGAGACGACGGAAAGGACGUCAAGGAGGGUGAGGCGGGCGAGUUGUGGCUCCGCGGACCGAACAUCAUGCUCGGGUACUACAAGAACGAGAAGUCGACCAAGGAGACGCUUACGAGCGACGGGUGGCUCAUGACUGGCGACAUCUGCACGCGCGACAACGACGGUUGGUACCGCGUCAUCGACAGGAACAAGGACUUGAUCAAGUACAAGGGUUUCCAGGUUGCUCCCGCAGAGCUCGAAGGCGUCCUCCUCGCCUCGCCGCUCGUCGCCGACUGCGCCGUAAUCGGCAUCUACUCCGAAGAACAAGCCACGGAGCUUCCGCGCGCCUACAUCGUCCCCGACCCUAAACACGCCAAGUCGCCCACUCUCACGAAGGACGUCGCCAAGUGGGUCGAGGAGAAACUUGCGCCGCAUAAGAAGUUGAGGGGUGGAGUUGUCGUGGUGGAUGUGAUUCCGAAGAGCCCGUCAGGGAAGAUCCUGCGCAAGGACUUGCGCACUGCGGCAGCGAAGGAGGACAAGGCCAAGUCGAAGCUGUAG